UAUUUGCUGUUUGAGGAAAGAUCCAUCACUUUUCUUAGCUAGUUGUAUAUACGUAUAAAUAACACCCAAUUACGGCUUUAUGUUGUCCAACAAUAACACAGAACAACUCCAAAAAAAGAACAGAAACACAAAAAAUAGAAAGCUAGAGAAGAAAAUAAUAGUACUCGUAUAUACUCAUCAAACAACUUAUCCUCUAUGAACAUGUCGUACACUAACCAAGUAUCUCCAUCCGACGGCGGCAUGAGCCCCAACUCCAUUGAAGAAGAGGGGCUCAUGCUCGCCUCUGCCUACCCGAAGAAACGGGCAGGCCGUAAGAAGUUUAUGGAGACUCGACACCCCGUUUACCGUGGGAUCCGGCAACGGAACAACGGUAAAUGGGUGUGCGAGGUCCGUGAGCCUAACAAGAAGACCCGUAUAUGGCUCGGGACUUUUCCUACUGCCGAGAUGGCUGCCAGAGCUCAUGACGUGGCAGCAAUGGCCCUCCGUGGUCGUUCCGGAGCUUGUCUCAACUUUGCUGACUCUGUUUGGCGGCUCCCUGUCCCUGCAUCAUCCGAUACCAAGGACAUUCAGCGUGCAGCCGCUGAGGCUGCCGAAGCAUUCCGCCCUCAACCACCGCCUGCUGAAGAACAACAGGUGGUGGCUGAGAAGGCGGAAGAGGUGGCUCCAUCGUCAACUACUACCACAAUGAACAACAUGAGUUUUAGUAAUGAGAAUGGGAUGUAUAUGCAUUACGAUAUGGAGUUCGAAACCCCGGGAUUAUUAGCUGAUAUGUACCAUGGAAUGGGGAUGCUUCCGCCUCCAAAUAUGACUGGUUGGAAUGAGACGACUUAUGAAGACGAUGAUAUGUCGAAUGGAAGUGCUGACUUGCCAUUAUGGAGUCACUCUUUUUAGAAACUACUCCCUUCAUUCUUAUUCUUUUUAAGUGAAUAAAGUUUUAGGAUAAUUUCAGAUUCUAUAAGAAGAAAGAAAAAAAAUUUAAAUUUUUGUAUGUUAAAAUUUAGAAGUAGAACAGAGUAGUAAGACUAUUACUACUACUAUGCUCGCAUGAUUUUUGGUUAGUUAGCCGUUACCGAUUUUUUUGGUUGGUACAGGUGGUAUGCAAGUAUUGUUACCUUAGAG